ACGCAUGCGCAGCUGUCGCUUGAAUCCGAUUGGUCCGUUUCAAACUCAGACCGCGGUUAUGUUGUUGUGUUAGCUCAACGUCAAUUAGCGUUAGCACACAGGAUAUUCUGUACUUUCAGGGUCUAAUGUCCCCAAAAUAACUACCAGGAUGAUGGAAUCGGGCCUGAGCUACAAGGCUGACAGACGGGAACAGGUAGAGGAACAGGCUGACAGUUUGAAGAGAGGACUUUCAUCAGAUCUCAGCACUUCACCAGUCUCUCAGAUUUCCAGCACUGAGGAGAGAGAACACCUCCAGGUCUUCCUCCGCAUCCGACCCUUCACCUCAGCAGAGAGCGAUACUGGAGAGUCGCAGGGCUGUGUUACCCUUGAGCCUCCUGACACAGUUCUGCUGAAGCCUCCCAGUUUGUCUCUCUCAGCGAGGCUUAGCUCCGACAAAUCCCUUCCACAGACUGGACAGCGCUUUCAGUUCUCUCAGGUGUAUGGUCCUGAGACCACACAGAGAGAGCUCUUUCAAGGCACAGUUAAGGAUUUGGUGAAAGAUGUCCUUGAAGGGGGGAACUCUUUGGUUUUCACGUACGGAGUCACCAACGCUGGAAAGACCUUCACAUUCCUAGGUCCAGAUGCGGAUGCUGGUAUCCUGCCUCGGUCUAUUGAUGUUAUUUUCAGCAGUAUUGAUGAACAGAUUUUCACUGGGAUGAGCAUCAAACCUCACCGGUGCCAAGAGUUCACCAGGCUCUCCAGGGAGCAGCAAGCAGAGGAGGUGUUGUUCAAGAGAAACCUCUUCGGGCAACUGAAAGAGAGUGAGAAGAGCAGUGCCAGCCUGUUGAACUCCACCAAUAAGACGCUCCUCGAAGAUGCUUCCAUGCUCGGCACGACUGUUGCGACAGAGGACAAAAUCAGCCUUGAGGUGGAAACGCACACCAAGUUCUCUGUUUGGGUUUCUUUCUGUGAAAUCUACAAUGAAAACAUUCAUGACCUCCUGGAGGUUUUACCCAGCGGGGCCUUGAGGAGGACUGCACUGCGCCUGUCACAGGAUGUCAAGGGCAACGGGUUUGUCAAAGAUCUGCGUUGGGUUCAGGUGAAUAGUGCAGAAGAGGCUUACAAGGUGAUGAAGCUGGGCAAGAGGAACCAGAGCUUCUCCUGCACCCGGCUCAACCAGCUCUCUAGCAGGAGCCACAGUAUUUUCUCCAUUCGCAUAUUGAGGAUUGAGGACAUUGCGACUCCAAGGGUCCACACAGUCAGCGAGUUGAGUCUGUGUGACCUGGCUGGCUCUGAGCGAUGCGCCAAGACCCUGAAUAAAGGAGAGCGUCUGAAAGAAGCUGGAAACAUAAACACCUCACUGCUCAUCCUAGGAAAAUGCAUCAACGCACUAAGACACAAUCAGCAAGCCAAGCUGCUUCAGCAUGUGCCCUUCAGAGAAAGCAAGCUGACCCACUACCUGCAGGGCUUUUUCUGCGGUCGAGGUAAAGCCUGUAUGAUCGUCAACAUCAACCAGUGUGCCUCCAUGUAUGACGAGACUCUCAACGUCCUCAAGUUCUCUGCUGUGGCACAAAAGGUUGUGGUUCUGUCCACCAGGAUUGUUCCCAUCAUGCCACAGAGGUCCACCAGUGAGGUAUCCUUUAUCAGUAGCAAUGCUGAGAGGAAGGCUCAUGGCAGCAGCAAGAGGAGCUCCCUGAUUGGCUGGGAUACCAGCCUAGAGGAUGUACAGGAGGAUGAUGAUGAUGAUGAGCACGAGGAAGAACACAGCCUGAUGGAGAGUACAAUGGAUCAGACUGACAACAAAGACGACGGCGAUGAAAAUGAUGAUCAAACACACCAGAGCCAGGCGGUGCUGUUGAAACAGCUGCAGAUACAGCUGAAGAAGGAGCGGGCGGAGAACCUGCUCUUGGAGGCACGAGUCAGAGAGGAAAUCAGCAGAGAGUUCUCAGAGCUCUUCUCUGAGAUGCAGAGUGACUACAAUAAGUGGCUUUUGGGAGGGACUAAAGAUGCUUGACAGCUCAUGAAACUUGGCACAAAAUUUGAUGACUGAAGAAAUUUUCAUUUAAUAUGGGUUUCAGGCACAGGCAUGGCAAAAUGGGUGGACACUGCCCCUAAGAGAUUGAGCUUUACAUGAAAAUAACUUUGUUGCUAACAAAUGACACAACUGACUCCUCAAUUUCCUCAAGAAGAGAUGAUGUUGUGCCUUCCCAAUGACAGUAAAUGUAUGACAGGCCCAGAGAGCUCUUCAGUACUGUUCACCCCCAGAAAUUGAAAACUGGAGACACUCUCCACUGAUUUCACCAUUGAUUAAAAUUGGAUUAUGAUUUUUCCACUUCCUCCUGAAGUCCAAUAUAAUCUCCUUUGUCUUCUUGUUGUGCAAGAUUAGAUAACUGGUGGAACACCAAAUUGUCAGGUUAUGCACCUCAUCUCUGUGUGCCAUCUCAUUGUUGUUGGAGAUCAAGUCUAUGAUCUUCAAGUCAUUUGGAGACGGAAUCCCUCUGUCCCUCACCCAUCACAACCUGUUUUAAAUGUUCUGGUGACACACUGCUAUACUUUCACUCCUCAGUGACGAUAACUCUUUAAGCUAUCAAAAUUUCCAUUGCCCACUUCACACAAUGAUGUAUGGACAGCUAUGUACAGCUGAAAAAAACAGAGAACUGGUCAUUAAUACUUCCAGCACACACAGCACAGUCCACUACUCCACCCUCAACUUCAUGUGCAUCAAUAAUUACUGCUGAGAUUGUGGAGAGCUUGAUUUGAGUGUAGUGGACAAGCAGUAAUCCUAACCCCCUAACUCAAACUGGAGCUUGGCCCUAAAACACUGGGCUACAGACCUGGUUCUGACAAAUGUUUGUAGAGCUCCUGGAGGGUUUUCAAGACCAGUCUGAUCCAUGUCCCUAGCCCCUUCAUUUCCCUAGUUAUGGGCCUUUAUGUUUGAGGUCAGGAGGUCAUCAUGCAAAGUGAACCAUGAAAACUUUUACCUCCAAAACUCCUGAACCACUCAAGUAAGAAGGACACCCAGGGCACUGUUGCGUUCAGCAAAAUGAGGGCUACGUUUCUGUGGAAUGUGCAAACAUAAGAGGUCAAAAGUUGCUCAAAGCUUGAGACUUUGUUGAAGGGCAUGGGUGGUGAACUUUGAUGUUGAUAUUUGCAGGAAAAAUUAUCCAAAAAGCACUGACACCACUAAAACACUGAUGAGUAUUCCUGGUUAGCGUUGGCUUGGUGAAACUGCGACGCUCCUAAUUAUUCAGAACCUUAAUAUUCAGCCGUAAUAUAAUUUCAAUGAGUGAGUUAUAAAAGAAUUUGCAUUCUAGAAACCAAAAACAUUUUUUGUACUAGGCUGUAAAUAUAUUUAUUUCUACUUUGAAGUUGGGCAUUUUAACAUGGGGCUCUAUGGAAAUUGAAUCGCUAUUGGAUGCUGCUUGAUUAGAACAAGAUUUUUCCUGUUUUGCUCAGCUUUGGUGAAAUGAAAAAAGCCCAGUAUUAUUGAUUACUGAUAUUUAAAAAAUAAAAUAAAAUAAAGUUAAAAAAUUCAUUCUUCUGGGAUAAAUAUUUGGGUCUAUUUUGUGCUGGGCAACUUUAUCUGGUUUUGGGAAAUUUUGAUUACAUUUUAUGAUAUUUAUUCAAAAUCAGAGAAAAAUCUAAAUCCUUCUCCAGCUUUCAGGCAACUCUUUUUUACUGAGCAAGAGAAAAGGGCAUGCUCUGCUCAUGCUUCUCCCACCCCUCCCCCCACUUCUGGAAUGUGCCUAUUAAGAUUCAGCCAAUCAGAGCUCUCCAUGAGCCCAAGUAUCAAGGUGAAACUUCUGCCUGCAGCAAGACUAUGCUGUCCAGCUGCACGUCAUGGAGAGACUCAAACGGAGGAGAAAAACCUAAAAAAAAAAAGGAUUCAUCACCAAAAAUGCAAACUGAAUUAUGCAGUAAUCGAGGUAAGCUUUUUUUUUUUCCUUCUGUCUGGCUGUUUGCAAGUGGUGUGUUGGAGAUGAAAAUGUGAUUGUGGUUAAUGAGUAUAACUGCGUGGUUCAGCGGUGAGUGAAGGGAGCAUGCUAGCCAGACGGUACAUUAGCAUAGCUGAUGUGAAGCUAACACAAGGCUAACAGGAACUGUGAGGGAGCUGCAACAUUACGCAGUGUUAGCACAACCAGACACAGGUCAGUUCGACACAGGUCAGUCUUCAUAAAAUCUGAAAACUGUAUUGUGGUAAAACUGAUGUGCACAUGAAGGCAACAUGAAGCUCAGGGGCUUAUGUGAGCUGUGAAACUCGGACACAGACAGCAUAGGAGAGAUUCGAAUAGGAGCUUAUAAAUGACACCAAAACACAGUUUUUAUUAUCUACACUUUGGCGUUAUUCAACAGAUUUUCUCGCAUAUAAUGCUUGGCUCUUGUUAAUUUCGGACCGUGCAGGCUUUGUCCCCUGACUGGUUCUUCUGCUUGGGCUUUAGGUGGACCAACAAUUAAAUAAUAUAGUCAGAUAAUGUUAUACCGUAUGUUACAUUCCACUAAUAAAAUGCUUAUCUUUUUAUGAAUGGUAGGGGAAACAGUGCUUUUUAAUGAAUCAUACUUCGUCUUUACACUAUAUUAUUUUCAAGUCUUAUCAAAGGCUGUUUUGCUUGAAAAUGUAACAGUACUGGCGUAUUUACUGAAAUCGAUUUGCUCUGUGUUAAUUUUUUCAAACAUAAAAUUUGUCUGCACCUCCUGGAGGAGCUAAAUAUGUUCUGUCCCAGGCUGCAGUCUCAGCAGGGACUCACUCAAUCAUCACACAAAUGCUGGAAAUUUGCUGUUGUAUUUUAUAUAAUUUGUUCACAUGUUGCUGGUCCCAUGCUGUGCGCACGGAAGGUGUGUGUGCAAGUUACUGUGGUUACUGCAUCCUGUCACUCUGACACCUUCUCCUGAUUCAGUAACAUGUUUUUAGGUUGGUCUGCCUCUACUAAAUUCAUGAACCUCAACACUCACAUCUAAUGAUAUAAUUUUAGGUUUUGAUUGAAACCUUAGUCUCCUUCAUGGUGAAAUGUUUUGAUGUGUUAAGCAGGCUGUUCAGUUAGUUCAUACAUCUACUUCUUAAAAUCAGAGCACAGUCUGUAUCACAGUAGUCUUUGACCUGAGAUACUGUCGGUUAAAUGAUCUGCUGUUGACACUGUGAUUAUUGGUUUGUGUGUGACAUUUAAAGGGAAGACUGAACACUUUGGACCCUGUGGUCUUUGGUAUGUUAGUAUUGACAAUAACAAUUUUAUUUCUAACUUAAUAUUUCAAGUAAUUUAGCACUUUUUGAUAAAUAUAUAUAUUGUAAUUAACACAAUGAUGUGUGCUCUAUUGUGAGACAUAUUUGUCUGUUUUGUUAUUUAUGGGAAUUGCCACAGUAACAUUGACAUUUAAUUUUACAUCUGUAAGUUUCAGUUUCUUGUUUUCCUUGAAACAUUUUCAUAGGUAAGGAAAAUGAAGCCACCUCAGCCAAGGGUUCAAGAGGAGUCAAAGUGAGCCAGACAUCAUUUUCAGACAGACAACUGGAGACAAAUAAUGGCUCCCUUCUGAUGGACCACGGGUCCCUGGGACCAUCUACCUCUCCUGGCUCCUGCUGUCCACAUACUGUUGGAUCUGGAAAAUCACACCCUGGGCUCCACUGGAUCAUUGCUCUCCUCUGUUUCGCUACCACCUUAUAUCUGUAUUUCUGUACAUUUUUAUGCCUAUUCACUCGUGUCUGCUACUAAUUAUCUUGUGUUUCCUGCCCUCUUCCAGGUCACCAGGUGAACAGGAGGUCGUGUGGGUCCGGCAUCACUUGGCGACGCCUCGUGCUGCUCAGUCGUCUCCUGGAUCACACUUUAUAUAUAUAUUAUAUUUUGAAUCAGACAUUCUGUCAAUGCAAUUUGUAACCUAUGCUUUGUUGUUCUUUUCUGUGCAUGUGACAUCUAUUGCAUGUUUGUCCGUCCUGGAAGAGGGAUCUCUGGUCUGAGACAUUACAGUUCUCAUACCACAGAACUGGGACCAGGUCAGGUCGUUGGUGAUGUGCACCCACAGGAGUUUGGUGCUCUACGUACAGAGCGCGAGUGGGCUGCUUCCUCCUGAAGUCAUCAGUUAUCGUCUUUGUUUUGUCAACAUUCAGGUCCAGAUUGCUGAGGUUACACUGGUCCACCAGACGCUUCACCUCAUCUAUGAGGGCAAAACAGUAAAAUAAUUAUCAUGCUGUUGGAAGUAAGAGACACUCUGUCUAAUAUUCUGUGUUACAGAUGUGGUAAAUUAUUUCAUAUCCAAAAACUUUAAUCAUUGAGGUAAAUUUACUUCCAUUGAAGACACGAUGCCACUCAAAAUAUCAAAAGAGUCAGCCCCACUGCAUCUCUGCUGACACUCCUGCAGCCCAGUGAUACUUUGAAAUGAUAUCUUUUGCCACUAGAUGGACACCUAAGACUACAAAUAACCCAUUGAUGUCAGACCAGUGAUAUGCUGCUGUUGAACUCCUAAAUAAUCUUGGAGUGGAGUGAAAAGUUACAUUACCACAAAACCCCUAAACUCACUUACUUUACAAACAGGAUAUAGGAAGUGAGGACACAUUUAAUCCCACAGCCAACAGAAACACCCACCUGAAGUCAAGAGAUCUUGUUUUAUCUUUUAUCACUUAAAUUGUGUCUUUCUUUUUACUCAAAUGUUCACAAUGUCCGAAACACCAAUGAGCUAGGAGUGGAACUUGUACCAAUUUCUAACUCCAGUCUUAUCACAAAUUAAGUGUACUGUUUAAUGAAGAAUCUACACACUUUGUUGAUCAUUUACUUUGUCAUCUGCCGGGUUGCAGGGAGAACCAGGAGUAUUUUGAAUAAUAUGAGGGGACCUAUCCAAACUUUUUUGUUUAGAAAUUAAAUGCACAACUUCUUCAUUUUUUAUAUACCAUGCAACCACAACAGCUGCCACCACAUGCCUGUAAAAUAUGAAGAAAAUAUAGUGUAGUAAGACGAAAAGCAAUGAGUAAAAAAGCUGUCAGUUUGAAGAUGGUUGGUCCUUGAGUGUCUGCUGGUCCAAGAGUCAGUCUGUGUACACAUGAGAUCUCAUUGUUAUAUCUGUGAAAUGGAGUGACGAGCACCCAAGGACAGUUAAUGAAAACAGAGUCAACUAUCCAUCCCUCUGUAACUUUCCACUUACAUCAUGGACAGCCCAGUGAAAGAUCAGAGAAAAGGGAAAGGCAGCAAGUGAAGCUUCUCACCUCAUAUAUAAGAUGAUGUUAAGCGCUGUUUAGAAGGGGAGUUAGAAAUUGGUUAGAAAUUGGAACAAGUUCCACUCCUAGCUCAUUGGUGUUUAGGACAUUGUGAACAUCCACUGAUAAAUUAAUUGAUUUACUGAUUGAUUCUGAGGAAAAAUAAAUCUCAUUGAAUGAAUUAGUCUAUCUGUUGUAAAUUGGAAAUUGUGAUUACACUGAUCACCAUCUCUGUCAUACUGUUAAGGAAAACACUAAUUCAAGAUACUUCCUUGCAUUUGAUGUGUCAUGUUGUCAUUUUUCUAAUGUCAUAUCAUUAUUACAACAUAAUGUUGCGACACACCAUACUAAAUUGGGAUACAACUAUUUUUUAAAUAAAAAUCACAAUUGAC